AUGUCUGACGCUAAAUUGAAAGAAUUAGUAAGAAAACGUGGAAGCUUAAAAGCAAAGCUUACUCAUUUUGCCACUUUUUUAAAUUUAAUUCAGCCUUGCACCAGCUUAAACCCUUCUCAAUUAGCAGAUAUGGAUUUUCGUCUUGGUAAAAUAGAAUCGCUUUACGGUGAACUCGAUGUAUUACAGAAAGAGUUGGAGCUGAUGUCAGCGGACAUUGACGCCGCGUAUUCAGAACGGGAGCAGUUCGAGGAGCAAUACUAA